CCCAUUGAUAAUCUGACCCCUGUAAAUGAUUUUGAUACGAAUAUGAAUAGGUCUGAGUCUGUAAAUUCAAGUGUAGGAGAUAUUUCGACCCAGUUCAGGUAUCUUCCAGGGUCAUUGAGAUCAAAAGAAAGUAUGGAUCAGUGGGGUGUUGAAAGAGAUCGGUAUGAGGGGUUUUAUGGGAACACCAGAGCUGCUGCUGAGCGAGGAAGAAUGCCAAUUUCUGCUUAUCCUAAUGAGGGGCCUUCAAAUUACCAGCUAGAGUCUUUUCAUGGUUAUGGUGAGCAGAAGUAUGAUGUGAAUGGAGUUGAAGAUUUAGGACCUGAUCGAGCUGAGCUGCUUAGGAAAUUGGAUCAGCUGAAGGAGCAACUUAGCAGAUCUUAUGCUGUGGCAGAUAGACCAAGGGAUAUGGUUCCCCCAGAGAGGAGUAGGACUCCACCGGAUCCUUAUGGUGACCUGUUAACUUAUAAUCUUUCACUGCAGCAGCAAUAUGCUGUGGACAAGCAGAUGCCGAGAUCCCCUUACUUGACCUAUAGCCAUGGGCCGGUUCCUAUUAUGGAUCAUCACAACAUGGAUAUGCCGAACUUUUAUCCUCCACAAAGGAAUAACUUGAAUGUGAUUCCAGAAUACGAGGAUCCAUCUCAGCCACAAAUGACAAGGAGGGCCUCCCAUCAUCCACUCCAAUACGCACAACCACAACACUUUAUGGGCCAACACAUGGGUUUCAACCGGAAUCCACUUGCAUCAUAUCCACAUGAACAUGUUUUACACUCGCCUGCAUGCACUUGUUCAGGCUGCUACAGCCAGAAUUGGGUGGUUCCACCCCAAGCCCCGGAUACUGAUUUUGGCAACAGAAGUAUUCCAAAAGGUCCAGUUAAUUUGAAUUCCUAUCAUCAUGUCAAUCCUGCUACAUAUAACCCACGUAAUUUACCCAGAGAUGCUAGUCCCAUGUUGCACACAAGAUGGCAAGGUGAUGUUGACAAAGACAUGAGUGGUUAUGGUGAUCGACAUCUAGGAAAGAUGAUCAACAGGAAGACACAGAUUUCCCAUCCUUUCCGAGGUGGUGCCCCAUUCAUUACAUGCUUCCAUUGCUUUGAGUUGCUGAAACUUCCCAGAAAAUUCAAGAAAAGAAGUAAACAUCAGUCAGAGCUGCGUUGUGGUUCCUGUCUGACUGUUAUUUCACUUGAAGUUAAUAACAAAAGGCUCAUUACAUCUGCUCCUAAAGAAUCCAAGCAAUCAUCUUCUGAGGUUGAUCAAAAUUCUAAGGAGGUAGUAAAGCGCAACGUCUUAAAUUUUCCUGAUUGUGUGAAUGCCGAUGACACCAACUCCUACCAUGAUGAUGUAGAUAACUCUGGUCAGAACCUUCAGUUGAUAGUUGCCGAAGAUAAUUCACUGGCAGAAGAUGAGAGGCUGAACUUGGAUAAAUCUGAAAAGAGGGAAGGCCAUAGCUCUUCAUCUUCCAUCUUUUCCCAGGAGGAAGAAGGCAUCCCAGAUAGUUUGGUUAUCCAGAGAGAUGUUUCUGACUCCGUUGAAAUGCUCACAAAAGAUGCCUGUCCUCCAACAGCUCCAGGUUCACCUCUUUGGGAGCAGCCUGAUAGUCCUUCCAAACAUGAAGUAAGCAGAGAUGAGAAGGGAAAUAAGGGUGCAUGUAUAGACCAAGACAAGGUGAUCUUUAGUAGGAGCACAUCUGCGCAGAAUUCUGUGAAAGAGAUGUCAGUAGAAACCGGGGUGGAUGAUUCGUUCAAUGAUUAUCUCAAUACCAACAUAUCACAGGACUCUACAGAGGCAAGCAAAGAAGAUCGUCCCAAGAUCCGCAAGGGUUCGGAUAACUUCUUGAUUGGUCUCAUCAAAAAGAGUUUUAAAGAUUCGUCGAAAUCUUAUCAAAAUGUGGAGAGAACUAAGGUUUUAAUCAAUGGGCAACCUAUACCGGAUCAUCUCAUAAGGAAAGCUGAAAAGCUUGCUGGCACAAUUCAACCAGGAGAUUAUUGGUAUGACUUCAGAGCUGGAUUCUGGGGUGUGAUGGACCAUCCUUGCCUUGGCAUAAUUCCUCCAUUUAUAGAAGAGUUCAGUUACCCGAUGCCAACAAAUUGUGGUGCCGGCAAUACUGGUGUCUAUGUUAACGGAAGAGAGCUACAUCAGAGAGAUUUAGACCUACUUGCAAGCAGGGGACUGCCAACUACAAGAGAGAGAUUUUAUAUCCUUGAAAUUUCUGGGAGACUUGUGGAUGAGGACUCUGGGGAAGAACUAAAAAGCCUAGGCAGACUUGCCCCGACAAUUGAGAAGGUAAAACAUGGAUUUGGCAUGAAAGUCCCCAGAAUGGCUGUGUGAUUCACAUGUGGUUUUCAUUUCCUGAUUUUGCUGAUGCUUCAGUUCUUCAAAGAUGAUGCCAACGAGUUUUUUCACCUGUCCAAUUCUUGGUGUGUUUAACUCCCAAGGUGUAUUGUUACUGUUAAACUCUAGGUGCAUGCAAAGUCAAAAUCUGUGGAAUAUGUUGUGACUAUAACAACAUAAUUUCAUAAUCCAAGCUUCAUACUUUUGUAUACCUAUGAGUAAGGUGAUUAGUUCAUCUAGAUUGUCAGGCAUAUUCAUAUUCAUGCAACUAUCCAUUAUAUCAUGCAUUUAUGUUUAGUGGUGGAUAGUUUUUUUUUCAUGUAGUGAAAUUUUAUAACAAUCAAUUCUUUAUAGGUCUUUUUCAUAUAUUCUGAUCUCAUAUACAUCAGAUGAUCAUAAUACUAUCUUUCAUACUGUGUGAUGAAUCACCGACACAAUUGAGAAAGAGAUAGAUUCAUUAAAAUAAGUAAGACAAGGAGGAUUAUACAUAAUUGAAGCUUGAAAGAGAUAUUGUAGUUUAAACGCAAAUGGGAGAGGCAGAAAUUGAUUGAUAAUCCAACUCUGUGGUUGACCCCAAAUUGAAGUAGCUAUAUCACCUACCGUACAUGAAGCUGACAUGUAAAUUAACACUGGUGG